UAGAAACCUGAGGAAAGAGCUGUGAUAGCACAGAGCGGUUCUUCUUGCCAGUGGCUGCUUUGGAGUCUGAGCUGUGGGCAUGGAGCUAGAGAGCAGUGCUGAGAGACGGGGACCUGGAAUAAAUGAUACCCGGCGAAUGGGAAACUCAGAGCAAAGGGAUCUUAUUUCUUUCCCUUCACAAGGUGGGAUUUGCAGGCUUUCCUUUUCAUCUGCAUUGGCCUCUCAGGAUGGAUGCCACCCGCCUGCUCCUGGCCACCCUACUGGUCUUCCUAUGCUUCCUCACUGCCUACAGCCACCUGGCACUUGAGAAGCCCGAGGAUGACAAGAGCCUGAGGAACAACCCCGAGAAACCAUCGAAUAUCUCUUCAGUCUCUAUUGUGGCAUUGAACAAGAAAUCCAAAAAGAUCAGCAGAAAUGAAGCAGAAGAGAGGAAGAUGUCUUCCAAGAAAAAGGAUUCGACCAAGAAGGUUCCGCCGCCCCGGCCGCGACUGCCGGAGCCCUGCGUGGACACUCGCGACAGCUGCAAGCCGCCGGCGCCCGCCUGCUGCGACCCGUGCGCCGCCUGCGUGUGCCGCUUCUUCGGCAGCUUCUGCACCUGCCGCGUGUUCAACCGCAACUGCUAAGCGCGCGCCCGCCGGGAUGGGGCGGGGCUUCCGGGGCGG